AUGGCGGCCAACCGCAUUUUGAGAAGUGCCACGCAGCCGGUCAAGACUGCAGCAACAUUGAGUUCCGAACAGAGAGCUGAAGAGGCCGGGCUACGUCGAACGAGCGUACCAAAAGAAAAGCGCGUUAGACCAGCGCUGAAGCGUAAGCCAGAGAGAGAGCUUCAAACAUCGCCGAAGAGAGUCCAGAUUACAACUCCUAUCAAACAAACACGACAUGGGCCACUGGAAGUUACCAAAGGCCACGCUUCUUCAACCAGCUCUCUUGAUAGGCCAGCCGAGCCGUACCGCACGAAUGUUCCUCUGGUGACUCCGAAAGGUAGCCAUUUAGUAGCCUAUUCAAAGGAUACGGCCGACAUGUCGCCGUCAAGGACCAACCUUCCAAGACCAAGGACGACCAUCGGCCACAUUCUCGAGGAGGCCUGCGCUCACCUCGUCACAAUGGAACCGAAGCUCAAGUCGAUCAUCAAACAGCAUCAUUGUCGGAUGUUCUCUCCAGAAGGACUGACUGAGGAGUGCGACCCUUUCAAAAGUCUUGCGAGCGGCAUCAUGGCCCAACAAGUGUCUGGAGCAGCUGCUUCAUCGAUAAAGCGGAAAUUUGUGGGGCUUUUUCAGCCUCAUCCAACGUAUAAAGAAGCCGAAGAUGACCUCAAGUUUCCAACUCCAGAGCAAGUCGCUUUGUGCAGUAUUCCAUUUCUGCGUCAAGCUGGUCUUUCCGAAAGGAAAGCAGAAUACAUUCAGGGGCUAGCGGCAAAAUUUGCGAAUGGAGAGCUCAGCGCUGCGAUGCUGGUCAACGCAAGUGAUGAGGAGAUUAUGGAGAAGCUAACAGCGGUACGCGGCUUAGGACGUUGGAGUGUAGAGAUGUUCGCAUGUUUUGGUUUAAAGCGCAUGGAUAUCCUGUCUACUGGAGAUCUGGGGGUGCAACGAGGCAUGGCCGCAUUCAUGGGCAAAGACGUAAGUAAGUUGAAAGCAAAGGGAGGUGGAAAAUGGAAAUAUAUGUCGGAAAAGGACAUGCUUGAGAUGGCUGAAAAAUUCGCGCCGUACCGUAGCGUAUUCAUGUGGUACAUGUGGAGGGUUGAGGGUGUCGACGUCAAUGUUGUCGAGGAAUCGUAA